UAAAAUGGACCCUCCCGUCAGCCGGGGCACCGCGCAGAGCAGCGGUGAGGCUCUGGCAGUCUGCUCGCAGCCGCUGGCCCUGCAGCUCCGCCGCUGACCAGGGAGCGCACGGGGCUCCGCAGCCCGGGUCUUCCCUUCCCUCCCUUGCAAAACUGUCAGGCACAAAUGGGCAGGAGGAUAUUGGCUGCAAGGGACGCGGAGGCUCCUCCCAGAGCCUGGAUCCCGAUAUUUUCGGAGGAUUUCUUUUAACUCAGUUACAAACCUUGGUGAAGGGAACAAGUUGCCGAUGUAACGGAGGCGGAGAGCCCGGCUCCCACUUCUUCUUUUGCCUUUCUAGUGCUACCUUGGAUGCUUCGCCUUACUUGCGGAUAAGAGCUUUGCUGUCUGCCGGGGGAUAGUUCCUACUCUGGAUGUUGCUAUUUCUGUGAAAACAAGGGUUGUAAGGGAAUGAGAGGGAAGACAAUGAAGAAAAGCCGACCGGGAGAAAACCCCAGUCCCAAGCGUUUUCCUGAGAACUGACGGGUGUUUUGUGGCUGAGUGAUUCCGUCGGAGGCGGGAGCAAGCCUGCCCGCUCCUCGGGGGACUUCCCGGGACCGGCUAUUCCCUUCGGAUGCGGACUGGGAAACCUGUAGGAAAUUCUCCCGCCUCCCUACGAAGCCACCAUGAAUUCAGUGGCUGGAAAUAAGGAGAGGAUUGCAGUCACGGCUCGGAGCAGAAAAUACGGGGUGACCGACCCCUGCUCCCCCACCAAGCCCGCCGCUCCCUUCUCCCCCGAGAGCUGGUACAGGAAGGCGUAUGAGGAGUCCCGGGCGGGCGGUCGCCCGGCGCCGGAGGGAGCCGGCUCUGCCCUGGGCUCCUCCGGCACCCCGUCCCCAGGCUCCGGCACGUCCUCGCCGGGCUCCUUCACUGGCUCCCCGGGACCUGCCUCGCCCGGCAUCGGCACCAGCUCCCCUGGCUCGCUGGGAGGCUCUCCGGGCUUCGGCACCGGCUCGCCGGGCUCCGGCAGCGGCGGCGGCUCCUCGCCGGGCUCGGACCGCGGCGUCUGGUGCGAGCACUGCAACGCCCGCCUGGCGGAGCUGAAGAGGCAGGCGCUGAAGCUUCUCAUCCCCGGGCCCGUCAGCAGCAAGGUGAGCGAAGCGGCGAGGGGAGCGGGGCAUCCCUGUGCUUGGAGCCGCCUCCUACAGCCGCUGGGGCUGUCGGCUAUCUGGGCUCCUCACUGA